CCUGGUCCGCUAGUUCUGUGGGGCGAGUGAAAUAUACGCGGCUUUAUUUCCUUUGGCAAAUUUGCUAUAGUUAACUACUAUUUGAACUAAUAACAAAAUAAAGAUGGUGUUACCUCUAUUGCAACGCUCCACGCUACGCGGCGUGCAACAGCUGACCAAGCCAUGGGCGAGCGCUACCUGCAGUCUUCGCUUGGCCUCAUCAUCGCAAGAGUUUCGCGUGGAGAGCGAUACAUUCGGUGAGCUGAAGGUGCCAGCUGAUAAAUACUAUGGCGCCCAAACGAUGCGAUCCCAGAUCAACUUCCCCAUUGGCGGACCAACGGAACGCAUGCCCAAACCCGUGGUGCAGGCCAUGGGCAUCCUGAAGAAGGCUGCCGCCGAGGUGAACAAGGAGUUUGGACUCGACCAGAAGGUCAGCGAGGCCAUCUCCAAGGCCGCCGACGAUGUCAUCUCCGGCAAGCUCUACGACGAUCACUUCCCGCUGGUCAUCUGGCAAACUGGCUCCGGCACCCAGAGCAACAUGAACGUCAACGAGGUUAUCAGCAAUCGUGCCAUCGAACUGCUGGGCGGCAAGCUGGGCUCCAAGACGCCAGUGCAUCCCAACGAUCAUGUGAACAAAUCGCAGAGCUCCAACGACACCUUCCCCACGGCCAUUCACAUCUCUGUUGCCCUCGAGCUGAACAACAACCUCAAGCCCGCCAUCAAGAUACUGCACGAUGCCUUGGCUGCCAAGUCGAAUGAGUUCAAGGACAUCAUCAAGAUUGGACGCACGCACACCAUGGACGCCGUGCCGCUGACAUUGGGCCAGGAGUUCGGUGGUUAUGCCCAGCAGUUGGCCUACGCCCUGGAACGCAUCGAUGCCUGCUUGCCGCGUGUCUAUGAGCUUGCCUUGGGCGGCACAGCCGUCGGCACUGGUCUCAAUACCCGCAAAGGCUUCGCCGAAAAGUGUGCUGCCAAGAUCGCCGAGCUCACCAAGCUGCCAUUUGUCACGGCGCCCAACAAGUUCGAGGCGCUGGCUGCCCGCGAUGCCAUGGUCGAGGUGCAUGGUGUGCUGAAUACCAUCGCUGUUAGUUUGAUGAAGAUUGCCAAUGAUAUACGCUUCCUGGGCUCUGGACCACGUUGCGGUCUCGGCGAACUCUCGCUGCCAGAGAACGAGCCGGGUAGCUCCAUCAUGCCGGGCAAGGUGAAUCCCACACAGUGCGAGUCGCUGACAAUGUUGGCCGCUCAGGUGAUGGGCAACCAGGUGGCUGUGACUGUUGGCGGCGCCAAUGGACACUUUGAGCUGAACGUGUUCAAGCCUCUGAUUGUGUCGAAUGUGCUGCGCUCCAUUCGUCUGCUGUCUGAUGGCAGCCGCACCUUCACCGCCAACUGCGUGGAUGGCAUCCAGGCGAACAAGGAUCGCAUUGCCAAGAUCAUGAACGAGUCGCUGAUGUUGGUCACCGCCUUGAAUCCACACAUUGGCUACGACAAGGCCGCAAAGAUUGCCAAGACAGCGCACAAGAAUGGAACCACGCUCAAGGAGGAGGCCAUCAAUCUGGGCUAUUUGACCGAGCAGCAGUUCAACGAAUGGGUGCGUCCCGAGCAGAUGCUGGGACCCAAGUAGGCGACGACUCACAUCCUCCGAACAGCAACUCAACUUUGUCCUCUUUUCACCAACAUAAUAAAAAGCUUAAAACAACCAAA